AUGGAAGAAUCGGUCCAUCGCAGAGUCAGCUUGGCUGAAAGAGCAAAGAAAGCAUUGGGCGAAUUCCGGCCAGUCAGCGAAAGAGACAAUACUGUUGCAUGGGCGGAUGUGAUUCACGGGCAGCACGUGGUGUCUCGGUACAACUCUCUACAACACGCACGGAAAAGGCCCAAGACUUCGAUCUGUCUGAAAGAGUGGUAUGAAACCGUCAAAUACAGCUCCUUCACACUGCGACUAUGCGAGCGACUCUAUCAAUCCCCGCACCACAGCAUCAACCAAAAGGAGUUCAACAUGCUGAGCGAGCUUCUGUAUCGCAUCUUGUUCCAGCCUGGUGAACAUACGAACCACCUCUGGUCCGUCGUGCAAAGCCGAAUUGCCGUGAACAACGGUACUCAAUUCUACCUCGAGAGAGUCUACCACGCUGGCGCCCCUGUACUCCAGAAGUUCUACACCAAAUACGCCGACAAGGAGGAUGAGUUUGGACCGUAUAUUGCACCACGUUCUGCGCAUACAUUCCUCGCCAAAACCUCCGAUAGGAGCACGUCCUUUGGAGGGACCUCGUGGUACAUUAUUCAUGUGACUUGCACAAAGUCGGACCGGGCCAAACCGUUGGCUUUUGAUGUCAAGGUGGGCAUUACGGAAGAGGCAGCCAACAGCUAUUGGUUGCACCGUCUGCCCGUGGAUCAGAUGCGUGUGAAGUGUAUGACUCCGUAUCGCACAUCAGAUCUCGGAAAGUGUCUAGGCUUUUGA